AUGUUUCCCGUGAAGUUUGUGGAUAAUUUGGAUGGGCUGUCCAAAGGAACAGAAAUCUAUAAGCGGCUGACCCGCAUACGCGAUAAAAAGGACCGGCAUCGUAUCCCUUUCAAAAACGUCGCAGGCCCAUACUUGCAAUAUGCACGUGCAAGAAGUCCACGGCGUCGUUUCUAGCAUUUGAUGACGGCACCAAAUCGUGAAUUCGGAUCAGCCGCAUAAAAACAAAAUGAGGCAUUGUCGUUGAGUUGUUCUUACACACGAAGGGCAUUUGAGAAUUAAUGCAUCAACCCCAAUCGCGGCCAGCAUUCUACUUGUAGCCAAUCGCCACGACGCUUACGCUUUUGUACGUAGCAGGGAACAAGAGCUAGUAAUCGUCAGAACCUAGUACGACCCCAAAGCCGCGUCUUGUACUUGAUUAGUCUACAGCGACAGCUUGGGCAGUAUGCGGUCUGGGCUGCGUUUUUCCACACGAUGCCGCUUUCUCUCGCGUACUGCAACCUGACGGAUGCCGCCAUCCCGAACAUUCUGAACUACACAUGGCUCACUCGGCUCGACCUCGGGUACAACAAUUUACAGAGCAUUCCGGCCGAGGUGUCUCUGCUCGAGAACCUCCAAGAGAUUUUAGCCCAGGACAACCCGCUUUUGUUCAAACUCCCAGUGAGCCUCGCUACGUUGAAAGAUCUCCGCGUGUUGGACGUUCGCAAUACCUCAGUCUUCGAGAUUCCGAGGGAGUACGCCGACCUCCAGCAUUGCUUAAAAGGUGCGCCGCGAUAGAUAUCAUCGAUGUGGUUUAGCUUUUGGUUCGCGAUUAGAGAUCACAAGCGACCGAUGUCGCCGAGACCUGUAGGCACUGUUCAAGUUGAAGGUUUAAGAAAGAUAGUGAUAAACUUAGACAAAGAAGAUGACCUGCAAGAGCAUGAUGCAACGUUUUUUGCAAAAAUUGCAUUCGAACUGAUUUGAAAUCCCGCAGAACUGAACCUCACCGGAUGCCCGCUGAAGCAGAAUCUGCGGAUAGCAUACGGGAAGGGCUAUAUGAGUUUGUUUCAGUAUUUGCGCCGCAAGAACGAUCGCCGCAAGUUCAAGAAGGAGUUGUUUCGCCAGUUUCGCGAGGAUCUGUACCCUUUCGACGCCCCGGAUCUGCUGCAGAAAAAGGUGGACACGAUCUUCAGCCACAUGAAGGACUUCACCAGCUUCGAUCUUCGCAAACUUGUUCGCCACGCGCCACGAAUUCUGCCGGACGCACUCGGAGACAUUGUCGAAGCACACUCGCGAGAAAAAAUAUUUCAAAUAGUGGAAGAGGACCAGGGGAUGCAGUAUGUUGGGAAGCUCGCGUUGGUGUUGCGCGCCUUGUACUGCGACUCUCCAUUCGAAUUUGCUGCAAACCUAGCGCACGAUAUAUUCGUGCACUUUGUACCCGAGGACGUUCAGCAAAUCUUCUCGAAGGACAAACAGUACAUUCUGGAAAAGGACUACAAAAAAGUGUCACUGGAUAACAUCCGCGAAAACCUUACACACUUGAGAAAUGCGAGAUGGUACUCUCUAACUUUGAUAUCAUGCUUUCUUCGUGGUGGACGUUGAUGUGGUUAUGCUUGCGAGGAGGUCGCAAAUGUUUCUUAGCCUCGUUCUGGUGCUGUGUGGUAAUGAAUGCGCCCGUCUUGAGGAGCGCCACCUCCGCGACAAGUACUUUAUGUAAAAGCUCGAGUUGGUGGUCGCUAGACACGAAGAGCAGCGUUCCCGGCUAGCCACAUAUAUAAUUUCAUCCCGUUUCAUCAAUAAUUUUGAUUUACCGUCCCAAGCUCAAGAUGUUUGCUUCUGCGUACUAGGUGAAGAAUCCGCUGGCUGCAUUAGCUAGUACACUAGCCAUCAACACCUGGUAAGUAGUGCGUAGCAGUAGUACUUCCUAUUCAAUACUAGCAGAGGCAGAGCUGCGAGAAAACGGCGCUCCUCGAAUUCGUUCUGAAUUACCAUACACACGCACGAACCACAGGUACCGGUCCAUUUGCGCACGCAUACGCACUAUCAGUUGCAAAAUAUAUGUCUGGCUCUGCAAGAUUCAUUUACAUUUAGGUUGCUGCAAGUGUUUCUAUGCGUGUCGGUGUCUGGUAUGAGUAUGACUAGCAUCUCUGUGAUGCAUGUUUGUCAACCAAUACCAAAAGCCCAGGAGCUUGUCUGUGAUGCAAAAACGCAACCUGUCGUGCUCGAACAAGACACGCAACAGAAAAGAGUCCGUCAUGCUUCGCUGUUUAUUGCAGGUUGCUCUUUGGUGCUGGUCGUGACCAGCUAGCAUGGCAAAUUUUGGGGCCCAGACGUGUUUGUAAUGCAUACGCACAAUGUAUAUGGCAUCCGACGCCGUGACGGACGAGUGGGUCGACAUAUGCAUUGCAAAAGAAAAAGUAUCGUACUGGUAUAAAUCGCAAUUUACAAAUUAGUUUAGCAUUGCAAAUAAAAUAGAAAUUUGUAAUGCUGUUUCGCCUUAGGAAAGAGAUUUGUCAUGCAUAGCAGCAAUUGCUACGGAGUGCGAAUGCGAUACUUUUGCAGUGGAUACGAUCGAAUUUUCGACCAUUGCCUGGAAUCUGCGAAGCACGAUAAGGAGGUCGUCAACGAGGGCCUCGAGAAGGCCCUCCCUCUCACGUUUCCCGAGGCAGUCGAAGCGAUCGAGGAUGGUCUUUACUUUCCCUUUGGGCAACAGCUGGCGCUUGGGGACAACGCGCUCGACGUCAGUAUGGAAGACGUCGGCGAAGAGGGUGAGGACAGUCCUGGCUCGAACGGAGACGAGUGA